AAUUUUUGGGGACAAAUGGGUCAUUUUGUGUCGUCACUAGGUCAGUCUGUGUGUUCCAUCUGUCUGACGACGCCUUCUCUCUCAUUUGUUCUCCGAUUCUCUUUGUGUGUUCCAAGCAGCGAGAGUCGGGAGAGUGAAAUCAUCAUGGCAGGAACUAAAGAAGAAGAUGUGAAAGAUCCGAGAAUCCCAAAGAUCGCCUCUUCCAUUAGAGUCAUCCCCGACUUCCCUAAACCAGGGAUCAUGUUUCAGGACAUAACGACGCUGCUUCUGGACACUGAGGCCUUUAAGGACACCAUUGAUAUUUUUGUUGAAAGAUACAAAGGCAAAGGCAUCUCUGUUGUUGCAGGUGUUGAAGCAAGAGGUUUCAUUUUUGGCCCUCCUAUUGCCUUGGCUAUUGGUGCCAAAUUUGUUCCCAUGAGGAAGCCCAAGAAGCUUCCUGGGAAGGUAAUAUCGGAGGAGUAUUCGUUGGAGUAUGGAACAGAUAAGAUAGAGAUGCAUGUAGGUGCUGUGGAGCCUGGUGAGCGUGCUAUCAUCAUUGAUGACCUCAUUGCCACUGGUGGCACUCUCGCUGCUGCUAUCCGUCUUCUUGAGCGAGUAGGAGUGACGAUUGCUGAGUGUGCUUGCGUGAUUGAGUUACCAGUGCUCAAGGGAAGGGAGAAGCUAGGAGAGACGCCACUUUUUAUUCUUGUGACCUCUGAUGCUGCUUAACAAGCUAAGGAGAAAACCCACCCUAAAGGACAUGAUAUGGGUUUUAUUUAUUAUUAUUGGAUAUCAAAACAUGUUAUUUUUCGUUGUAUUGCUUUGGGAUUUUGAUCUGAUCCUUUGUUGUUCUCAGCUUUUAUCAUAAUUGCUUCAGACAAGAAGAAACUCGAGCAAAAGGGUGGUCUUAUUAUUUUUCCUUUAUUA